AUGAGAUCUCUAACGACAGAGAUUGACCGGCUCGCAGCCUCGAGACCCGGGGGCCUCUUCGCCAAAAUACCUGUAUCGUCGGAUGCUGAGAUAGCGUGGCAUAACAUAACGUGGUUGCAGCUUGCAAAAUAUGUCAGCACCAUGUCGCACUGGAUUGAGGCGCAUCUGGGCCCCGCAAUGGAGAACGAGCCAGUGGCGUAUAUGGCCAUAAAUGAUAUCAGAUACCCGAUAUUCAUAUUAGCAGCAAUGAAAACGGGAUAUAACGCUCUAUUGACGUCCCCACGGAAUUCCAAUGAAGGCCAAUUGUCUUUACUCAGCUCAACCAAAUGCCAGGAGUUUUUAUAUUGUCGGGAAUUUCAUAAGCAGGUUCAUGGUUUGUCCGCUAAAUCCACGUCGCUAAAGACAUUCCAAGUACCAGAUCUCGAAUAUCUGCAGUCAGACCCCGGAGAUACUCUGUAUAAGGACCGCUUCCUACACAAGGAGCAUAAAACGGCAUCAAUCCUUCAUUCAAGUGGGACAACCGGCUUACCGAAGCCUGUGUACAUUAAAGCAGGUGCCCUGGCCGUGAUUACAAGUAUCAAAGAAAUGCCAGCACCAGAAGGCCGGCGUUAUAUGCACGAUGAGCUGUUCACCCCCAAACUCAUGGUUUCGAUGAUGCCCUUCUUCCAUAUAAUGGGGAUUAUCUCACUCGCCCGUGCGAUUUAUCAUCAGGGACCUUUAGUCCUUCUCCCAGCAGGGCAACCUGUGACUGCGGAGCUCAUGAUGUUAGCGAUAAACGAGACAAAGCCGUCCACCGCAGCGUUUGCGCCCUCUGUGCUCGAAGACAUCUCUAAUACCCCCAAUGGCCUAGAGAUUUUGUCGACGCUCGAAUACACGUUCUAUGGUGGCGCCCCUUUAUCUCGCCAAUGCGGUGAUAUAGUUUCGAAGGUGACCAACCUACAGGCUGGUAUCGGCAGCACUGAGAUGCGUCACGUUCCAAGUUAUAUUCCACUACUCCCGGAAGACUGGGAGUAUUUCGAAUGGAGUAACGAAUGUGGGAUUGCUAUGGAAACAGCAAUGGAUGGUCUUUUUGAGCUAGUCAUGAAGCAGACAUUUAACCGAGAAAACCAAAUGGUUUUCUACAAUUAUCCCGGACUAUCAGAAUGGAGAACAAAGGACCUCUUCGAAAAACAUCCUACUAAACCUGGGAUGUGGAGGUACGCAGGACGGGCUGAUAGUAUGGUGACAUUAAGCAACGGGGAGAAGUUGAACCCUCUGUCCUUUGAGAAAUCUAUGGAAAGCCAUCCGGGGGUUAGAAGUGCCCUUAUUAUUGGCUCUGAAAGAUUUCAGGCUGGCCUUAUUAUCGAGCCACAACCCAAGCAGCUGACAGUGGGCCCAAGGGAAUUCAUCGACCAUGUCUGGCCGUGGAUAGAAAAUGCCAAUGCACAGUGUCCAACUCACGCAAAGGUUUGGAAAUCGAUGGUAGUACUGGCAACGCCUGAAAAACCCUUCAUAUUCACAUCAAAGGGCUCAAUCAUGCGCCAGGCCACCUACCAGCUCUAUCAAGCCGAAAUUGACCAACUCUAUGCGAAGGAAAAGGUUUCUAACGACGUCGGUGUCGCUGAAUUCCACGGUCAAGCUAACAGUACAGCGGUCAAAUCACUUCUUCGGGAGACUUUCCGAGCCAUGUUGCACCCGAUUCAGGGGGAACUCCAGGAUACGACGGAUAUCUUCCACCUUGGGGCCAACUCUUUACAGAUUCUCCAGCUUAGCAAUGAGCUCAAUCGUAUAUUCCACAGAAAGUCAAAUGGCAGAAACAUAUGCCCACCUCGAGUUAUUUAUGGGAAUCCAAGCAUCGAUCGGCUAUGCGAGGUGAUCAUGCAGGCCCUAAAUGGUGGCGACUAUCUCGCUCAGGGUAUCGCGGAAAGUGCAUUGUCUCGGGAAGAGAUGAUGUCUGCCAUGAUACACAGACACACGAAAUCGCUACGUAAAGCCGAUUCGAGCCCAGCUGGAGUACGAAAAAUCCAACCACUCAAGCAUGUCGCUAUUUUAACCGGAUCCACGGGCUCUCUAGGCACCUACCUGCUUCACUACCUCCUUUCUAGCCCAAAUUUCGUGCGUAUUUACUGCCUAAACCGCUCUGCGGACGCGGUGUCAAGCCAGAAACAAAGCUUCCGCAAUCGUGGGAUGAGUUUGGUUGGCUUUGCUUCUAAGGUUGAGUUCAUCACGGCCGACUUCAGCCGCGACCGCUUCGGUAUGUCGUCGACAAAAUACCAAGAGCUGCAGCAAGUGGUUGAUGUAUUCAUCCACAACGCCUGGCCCGUCAACUUCAACAACAGCCUUGAAUACUUCGAAGCUAGUGCUAUUGCUGGAACGAGGCACUGUGUAGAUUUCGCCAUCUCAGCACGGUACAACCCGCACGUCGGCCAUGACUGUCCGAAAGUCCCAGAAGAGUUUCAGGAAGACAACAGUUUGCCCCUGAAGCAGGGUUACGGUGAGUCGAAACAUGUGGCGAGCUGUAUAUUAAGAAAAGCGGCGAGAUUGUCUGGCGCUCGAUCAGCAAUUAUCCGUGUUGGACAGCUAAGCGGGCCCAUAGAAACGGGAGGAGUGUGGAACAAGCCAGGCAAGUCAAUAUAUACACCCCAUAUACAUGAAUGGGUGCCUUCCCUUAUCGCAACAUCGAAAGCCUUGGGCAAAAUUCCACGGCCACUAGGAACCGAGGAUACGAUCGACUGGGUUCCAAUAGACAUAGCAGCGCAAGCAAUCCUUGACAUCACCGUCUCACUCCUCACUCCGGACGACAGCAGCACGCCACCGGAUUGCUUCAACCUCGUUAACCCUCAGGUCGCAGAGUGGAAGGACAUGGUCCACGUAAUCCGAGGGUUUUAUCAAAAACAGCGUGAUAACGCCAUGGACCUCGAGCCUGUCGAAUUCCGCGACUGGGUGCAAGCACUGAGAAACAUCGGAGCAACGACACGCGAACAGAUCGACCAAUAUCCAUCCGUGAAGCUACUCGAGUUCUUCGAGGAAAUGCAGGAGGGGAAAAUAAAAGUGCGGUUUGAAACAGCACGCACGAUGGAAUGUAGCCGGGCCGUGGCGGGUUGCACGCUGUGGAUACGGCGUCGAUGGAACGUUGGCUUGCUAGAUGGCAGUUUUAACGAAGUCUGA